UCAUUCCUCAGUAUCACAUUUCCCCACCAUUCUACCCUCUCGCUACACUUUCAAAUCUAGGGUUACGCUUAGGGUUUUCGUACCUUUGUAAAAAGAACAAUGAGUUCAGGUGGAGGAGCAGGUAAAGGCGGCGCCGGAAGAGGAAAACCAAAGGCGUCGAAAUCGGUUUCUCGAUCUUCAAAAGCCGGUCUUCAGUUCCCCGUUGGUAGGAUCGCCCGUUUUCUUAAGGCUGGAAAGUAUGCUGAACGUGUCGGUGCUGGUGCUCCAGUGUACCUUUCUGCUGUCCUUGAAUAUCUCGCUGCUGAGGUGUUGGAGUUGGCAGGGAAUGCAGCAAGGGACAACAAGAAGAAUCGUAUAGUGCCAAGGCACAUUCAGUUGGCUGUGAGGAAUGAUGAGGAGCUGAGCAAGCUUUUGGGUCAAGUUACUAUUGCCAAUGGAGGUGUUCUGCCCAACAUUCACCAGAAUCUUUUGCCUAAGAAAUCUGGCUCUGGAAAGGGUGAUAUUGGCUCUGCAUCCCAGGAGUUUUAGAUGUAAAAAUGGAGCUUUUGUUUUCCUGAAGGAUUAGGAGAAAUGAGUGAGACUUCCUUUAUGUAAUAUAAAAAUACCCUUUGUAGUUUGUUAUUGAAUGGUUAUAAAUGAAAAAGGGCUAUAACUACCCGCAGUUUUGAUUACA